AAACAAUAAUAAUUUAGAGGUAGAUGAUUUAUUACAUUUUUUCUGUCCCAAAAUAAUUUUUUGAUUUGAUUUCUAUUUCUAUUAUUAAUAAACAAGAUAAUUAUUUCGUAACGGAAAAAAGUAGUAAAAAGAAAAAUCCGUGGGAUACAUAAUUGGAGAGGUCGUAAGGAGCACAGGCCAUGCGUGCACGAGGUGAUAUCAUUAGGUGAUUACGAUGCUGAAUUUGGAUCCAAGAUUUUUGGUUGCUCGCCUUUGAGAGCUGAAACUAAUCAAACAACAAAAGAGAUCCAGGAGGUCAUCCACAAUGUAGUGUUUUCAGCUUCAGGCUCUGCAAGUAACCUCAGAUAUUUCAUACCGUUAUCAGGGGCACCGUUUUCCUGGAAACCGAUGACUGCACCGAUUUGAUAAUCACAAAAAAGGAAGACGUAUCAUACUAAUAUUUUUCCAGAUAAUUCAAGUAUAUACUGCGGAAAUUUAAAACUGGGUCUGUCGAAUCUCAGUAAGAUGAAGUUUUAACCAUCUUUACAGUUUCCUAAUCCUAAUACGAGUCUUGUAAAUUUUUUUUUACUUAAAAAUUUGAGUUGGAACUAAAAUUUCCUAAUCCUAUUGGAAUUUUUAUUAGUACCGAGUACCGACUAUGUCACGUGUAUAUAAGUUCAUAGCUUCCCUCUAAUCGAUUUGUAUCAGAAGACCAAAUAAGGAAACUCUCUCUGCAGCAAAGAUCAGGUGCGUCCGUUCGAUCAGGUUUAAGUUUGCUUUCUUUGAAAGCCAUUUUCUCUUCCAAUGGAGAGGUUCAAGUAUUAUUGUCGCGGCCAGAGAGUUGUUGGUUGCGAGUUUUUCUUUGCCAACUUACAGUUCUUGAUGAACAAUAUGAGUGAUGAGAUCAAAAUAGCGUUUUUCUAAGUCAAUAUCAAUUUUUUUGGGCUGUUAGAGAUCGUUCUCAUAUAGUAGAUAUUCAAGAAGGCUGAUUACGAUGGAGAAGUACACAAAAAUUAAAGAAGUCGGGAGUGGAAGCUUUGGGGUUGUUUGAAAGCAAUGAACAAGUUCACGGGUGAAUUUGUCGCUGUGAAGGUGAUUAAACAGAGUUUUGAUUCAUGGACUUGGGAAGAUUGCCUGAAUCUCAGAGAAGUAAAAGCCCUGAGGAAGAUGAACCACCCCCACGUGGUGAAGCUCAAAGAACUGAUCAAGGAACAGGGCACUCUGUACUUCGUAUUCGAAUUCAUGGAUUGCGACCUACUGCAGCUGAUGAUCGAGAAACAGAGGAUGGGAGGAGCCAAGUUCUCAGAAUCCAUGGUGAAAGAUUGGUGUUUCCGAGUUUUCCAAGGACUUUCCCACAUGCAUCAACGCGGAUACUUUCAUCGGGACCUCAAGCCGGAGAAUUUACUACUCUCCGAAGACGGCGUGAUCAAGAUUGCUGAUUUGGGACUUGCCCGGGAGAUUGAUUCUAACCCUCCAUACACAGAGUACGUCAUGACACGGUGGUAUCGAGCACCGGAAGUUAUGCUUUGCUCGAAGAAUUACGGCCCUGCUGUGGAUAUGUGGUCAAUGGGGGCAAUCAUGGUUGAACUGUUUACUCUGUCUCCCCUGUUUCCGGGGAUGAAUUCGCGGGAUCAGAUGCAUAAGAUAUGCUCCGUUUUGGGGACUCCAACCGAGAAAGAUUAGCCGGAAGGUAUCCGACUUGCUAACGCUCUGAACUACAAAUUCCCACUGUGCGACGGCAUCUAUCUCCCUGCUUUCAUCCCUUGUGCAAGCCCAGACGCAAUAGAUCUGAUUCAAUCACUCUGUUCGUGGGAUCCGAACAAGAGGCCAGCUGCAGCGCAGGCGCUUCAACAUCCCUUUUUCCGGAGCUAUUAUCGAAUUCCAGCACCAUUAAGGGAGAAAUAUUAUCAGAGCAAUUUGAAGAAGCAACCGCCAAUUCAGCGGCCAGUACAUUUGAAGAUAAACCAACAAUCCAAUUUGUGCGAUGGACAAUCUGAAGUGAUGCUUCCUCACAAGAAGCUGGAAUUUCAGUUACCCCUUUGUUAAGCUAUUUAGAGCUCUUUCUUUAUCAGAGAUACUAUUUGGUCUAUAUAUGUAUUGAUGAUACCUCUACUAUGUAUGAAGUUAUAAAUUAUGGAUUUAACUUUUCUCAGAUGAAUUUCCUUCAUUUUUUAUGCUUUUAGUAAAUUACAUUACCAUCGGAUGAUAAUGUUUUAAACACAGAAUUUGGUCUACUAGUUCAGUCACCAAGCUUUACUAAACCUAGGUCAUAGUCUCGCGUCUUCCUUGCAUUUAUACCGACUAACUGGCGAAGCGCGAUUUCUGUAUCGAGCAGGGAUUUUAGUUGUUUUUUGCUGAUUUCAGUCUUUGAAGGAAUUGGUGGUAUGGUUUAUCUUUCCCUUACCCACUCAUGCACAAUUUCCGGCUUACAAACAAUGAACAUGUCCUUAGAAGGAGGAAUCUUUGUUGAUAAAAUGCGGAUAUAGGAGUGACUUGUAAAAUAGUAUGAAACAUUUCCUUUUUAGGGAUUGCUGAAUGCGGAUGGCUCCCGCUGAAGUUUCAGUUUGUCACUAUGGAUUUUC